AUGGCGAGCAGUUACGAAGUACUGCAGGGCUUCUUCGGCGAGUUGUCGGACGACUGGAACGACCUCUCAGCACUAGACAUCGCACCUAGACCUCAGCUGUCGUACCAAGAACAAGCACGAGCAGUUUUUCUGCCGUAUACACAGCCCGGCACCAAAUCAUUCGUCGAUGUGCAUUUAUCAGCGACAGGAGCUUCGUCCAACUACUGGGAAGCCGCUCUCAGUUACAAGGAUAAACGCUCUAACUCGUCAAAGACCCCAACGCCACAAAGUUCCGCAUAG